AAUUUGUAGUUAAUUACAGUGUAGAAAUUUUAUAAAAUAACCCUGAAUGGUAGUGAAAAAAUAGAACGAAUAUACAUUCGGAUAUUAAAUCCGUUCGUGUAUUUGAUGCUAAAUCAACAAGUGCUCCCGUGCUUAGCGACGGCAAUACAAUUAGUGACUGAAAAGUGCAUGAAACCAAAGUUUUUACAUAUCUAUUUAUGGUAUUUAUGUACCGUAAUUUAGAAAUACGGGAAACAUAUUUCCGAAGAACACUUUCGAUGUGAUAUAUCUGUCUAUUUUGGAGAAAAAUAAGAAUCAUGGCCUCUAUGUUAGGCUUACGGCCUAUGACACAGGGAGCGACAUUCACCCCAAGGCCUGCACAAUCCCAGGGGGUCCCCUCCCCUAGCAAGACACACAGAGAGCACAAUCCUGGAUCUCCAGACUCAGGACAUGGGAGUUCUCAUUCUGAGAAAUCAUUUCAAGAUUCAGGGUCAACCAAUGUGUCAGCUGCCAACCCCAAGUUGUCCAUAAUUGAGGUAGAAGCUCUCUUACGUGAGAAAGUCCGCAGCAAAUACAGAGAUUUACAACAGGGUUUCCAAAAUUAUGAUAGAGAGCAGAAUCUCAGCAUUACUAAAGGUGAAUUCCGCCGUGUCCUCGAGCUUUAUUGUAUCUCACUAACCAGUGAACAAUUUGACCAAGUCAUGUCUAAAAUAGACACAAAUAGGAAUGGGACAGUGAAAUAUUGUGAUUUCUUGGAUAAGUUCUAUGGUGCCAGGUCUAGCUCAGAGAAUAGAUGGGCUGUCCCAGCAACCCCAGGAGGUUCCAAGUACAUCAGCCAGCAAGCCCCACCAAAGGAGAUCAAUGUUGACAUGGUAGAGAAGAUGCUGAAAGACAAGAUCAACAAGAACCUGAAGAAUGUCUGUAAAGGACUACGACUCUAUGAUUACAACAGGGAUGGCCGUGUUCAGAGACAUGAGCUCCGUAAAGUGUUGGAAAAUUACUGCUUUAAAUUCACAGAUCAACAAUAUGACAAACUGUGGCAGAGAUAUGACUUUCACCACACUGGCAUGGUGGACUACAGAGAUUUUCUACAACGUUUAGGAGUCAAUGUUGUGAAGAGUCAACAGCCUCUCUCAGACUCUUCUAAAUCAGCAUUAAACUGGAAUCACGAGCAUACAGGUCAACAAUCAAAGAGACCACGUCUUGGCAUCCGUGGCGGAACCUCUGUGAUCUCAGGCAUGACAUUUGACCAGAUUGAAUUAGAAUUCAGAAAAAAGAUGAUUGAAAACAGGGCAAACUUAAAACGUGCUUUCUUGGCUUUUGACAAAGUCAAAGAUGGCCUCCUCCCAAUUGAAGAUGUCAAAUCCAUCCUGGUUAACUUCACAAUUCCAAUGUCAGACCAACUGUUCCAUCAGCUAAUGGACAGGUGUGGUAUCAAAGCAUCAGGACGUGUUGCAUGGGAAUGGUUCUUAGAGAAGUUUCAAGAUGCCCAGAAUGAUGGCAAUGGACAGACAAUCCCCAUAAAACCAGGACACAAGUAUUUCCCAAUCCGUGGUGACCAAGAGAAGUCUUCUGUAAAGGACAUACUUCGUAUGCUAUGUGAGAAAGUGGAAUUGGGGUCCAAUAAUCUUAAAGACGCUUUUCUCAAAAUUGAUAUUGAUAGAAAAGGAAGAAUCACAAAGAAAGAAUUGAGAUCUGUAUUUGAAUUAUUCAAAAUUCGUGUAUCAGAUGACCAAUUCAAAGAACUGAUCUCAAUUCUUGAUCCUGAAAAAACCAACAAUAUCUCAUACCAAAGAUUCCUGGAUCUGUUUGAGGAGCGAGAAACAGACGAGGGACAUAAAUGGUUAAUAUCAGACCAUAGAUUUAAUUCACAACAGAGGCCUGCUAUAUUAGCUUGGGAAACGGUGGAAGAUAUACUCAAAGAGAAGAUAGAAGAAAACUUCAAGCCCAUUGGGGAUGCAAUCGUAGCAAAUGACCCAAAAAAUGAAGGACGAAUUGCACAUAGCGACCUUAAAAACAUUAUUGACAAAUAUGUCCUCCCAGUAUCUGAAGACCAUUUUGAAAAUAUGGUCUUGAGAUGUGAGGAACGAGACGAUGAAAAAGUAAAUUAUGUAGAAUUUAUGGAAAAGUUAGGUGUAGAUGUUAAACCUGGAGAUGUUAUAGGCCUGAGUACACAAAUUACAGAUGGAAGUUCAGCAGCUGAAACUAAACGUUUACAGGACCAGAUUUACAGACAAGUUGAAGCUGACCAGCAUGUAUCUGAAAGGACAGACACACUCUUUCCUGAGGAGAUCCUAGUUAAGAUCAAAGACAGAAUGAGCCAACACUCAACUAAAAUUAGAGAAACCUUUCUAAUAUUCGAUAAAAAAGGAAGACGUAAAAUUUCCAAAAAGGUUUUCCGUGGUGUAUUACGCGACUAUGGAAUCUUGAUGACUGAUAAUGUUUACGAUGAAGUCUGCUCAAAGCUACAAUUCCAUAAAGGCUUCAUGGAUUACAAAGACUUUGUCGCAAAUUUUGAAGACCCACGUAUAGAUGGCCCUGGUGUAGACAUUGUACGAUCUGGUAAUCACCGUGUGAAUGUAGCACGAGGAGAUGAACUCGGUAUGAGUGCAAUGGAAUGUGAAGCUAAACUAAGAAACAAAUUAAGAGAAGGAUUUGCUGAUCUUCGUGGUGCAUUUUACAAAUUCGAUGACACCCAUCAAGGUUGUCUGACUCGAGCAAACUUCCGUCGUCUCCUCGAUUCUUUCAUGUUCAUCAUCUCUGACGAGGAAUUCAAGAAAUUGGCGGAGAAGUUUGGAUUUGUAAAAGGUGUACGUGUUGGCUAUCAGGAAUUCUUAGAUAAGUUUGAAGUUCGAGACACUCCAGAGGGUCACCCUUGGUUAACUUCCUGUCACAGAUAUAAUGACACAUUUGACGCCACACCCAUGAAGGCAGAUGAAGUCCACAAGAUACUAAAAGACAAGGCCCAUAGACAGUGGAAAGAUCUAGCAAAGGCAUUCCGAACAAUGGAUGGCAGUGGGAAUGGGAUCAUCACAAAGAAGGAGCUCAGAGAUGUACUGUUCAAAUUUAUUCUACCAAUGAAUAAAGAUGACUUCAAUCACUUAUGGAGAAGGUAUGACCUUGAAGGAAAAGGCUACAUCUCUCAUACCGACUUUCUUGAGGAGCUAGUUGGGCACCAGUUCGCCCCGGGAGAUGAGGUGGGCCCCAGUCGUCGCAUUAUAAAUGACAGCUACAUGAACCUUGACCGGCACCAUGCUGACCAACAGGCAAAACAAGAGAUGAUCACAUUGAAGACUGUGUAUAGGGCAGCUGAAAUGACUGCUGAGGAGGUGCACCAGGAACUUAAAGACAAGAUUCGUGAGACUUAUGAAAGCUUCAACAAAGCAUUUAGAAAGUUUGACAAAGACAACAGUGGAUUCAUAUCUGUUGCCCAGAUACAGCGUGUUCUUAUAGAUUUCAAUUAUUUCUUGGAUGAUGACCAGUUCUUCAAGCUACUUGACAAGCUAGGGCUUCAAACAAACAAAAGCAAACUAUCUUAUGAAGCAUUUUUACAAGGAUUCCAAGAGGGCCGCAAGGAACAUUAUAAACCUAGAAGUCCAAGAACUGAGACCAAAGAAUAUUCAGCUAUAUCAGUGUAUGACGCAGAAAAUAAAUUGAAAGUGAAUGUAGGACGUCAAGCUGAUACAAUACAAGCUGCUCUAUGCGCAUUUGAUCGCAAAAACAACGGCAGAAUCAGCAAGGGAGAUUUCCGCAGUGUCCUGGAUAACUUUUGUUUUAAAUUGUCCGACAAGCAGUUUAAACACAUCUUGUCUGGCAUCUUACCUGAAGGAGAAUCGCAAGUUGACUAUCCACUUUUUCUGGAAAAUUACGGAAAUAUAUCACCUAAAGGGCAGCAACAAGAGCCAGACGUAGCUAUGUGGUUGAAUAAUAUUGAGCGACGAAUGGCGGCAUCCUCACCAAAAACUCUAGAAAUGUCUGACAUCCACCAAUCAUUACAUGAACAAGUCAAUGCAAGAUUUUACGGUUUGGCUAAGGCCUUUGCGGAAAUAGACUAUGCCCAGAUAGGAGUUGUAUCACUAGAAGAUUUCCGUGAUGUCAUAAACAAGCACUGUAUGCGUUUAACUGACCAGCAGUUCCAAAGCAUAUGGUCAACCUUGCCAGUCAAUGAAUUUGGGAAUCUUGACUAUCGACGAUUUUUGAAGGAAUACUCAUCAGACGUCAAUGUCCAGUUACCUCGAACAGCAGAAAUGAACUUGCCUCGUACCCCUCAAAUAGACAAUCACCAAAUGCCACAGGGUUCCUUACCUCCUACCCCUAAGGAAUUCCUUGCCCCUAUUGAAGAAGACAAUGGACCUGCCAAUACCCCCUCUCCUGCAAUAUUCCAACAUAGGCCUAAAACUGCUGAAAUCACUAAUCAAAAUGGUCGCCGCAGUACAUCUCGUAUGGCAAACGUCACUAAAUCUCUCGACCAAUUAGACUUAAGAACUCCUUUGCCUCCUGGCACAGGUCGAAGGUCAAGAGCUUAUACGCCAUUGGUCAAUGCUGAGGAUAUUGAGGGUAAAUUACGAGAGAAAAUUAAGCGUAACUGGAAGGAUAUUCAGAGGCAAUGUAGGAUAUGUGACCCUGGGAAUACUGGCCAGAUAGAUGUAGAUGCAAUGAAAGAGAUUAUUCAGAGAUGCGGAGCAAUGAUGACAGAAUUUGAAUUUGUACAGCUCUCCACAAAAUACGACUUGAAAAAUAGCGGAAAAUUCAGUUAUCAAGAUUUCCUCCGCCAUUUUGUUUUAACAAUGAAACAAAAUAGCGAUAUUCCCGAAGAGACACAAAAGUUUAGAAGGCAACAAAUUAAUACACCUAGUACUGCACAGGCACCAAGUGGUCAGAAAACAGACUCUUACAAUUCUGCAAUGGGACGAAUUCAAAAAUGUGUCCGUAGCAGCUGGAAAGAGAUGCGGCGAACAUUCCGAGGAAUUGACAAACAAGGCACGGGAAUGAUCUCAUCUAUAGACUUUAGGAUGGUUUUAAAGCAAUAUAAUAUUAACCUUUCCGAGGAUGAAUUUUUCCAUAUGAUGACAUUUUAUGACAAAAAUCUUGGAGGAAACGUCAGUUAUAAUGACUUUAUUAAAGCGUGCCUGAAAUCUUAGCUAAGAUUAAAGUAAAACACAAUGAGAUAUAAAAAAAAACAUUAUGUGGAUAAAUAAUCCAUUAGAAGUUGAACUGAAAUAUGAGAUUAAAUAAGUGUCAAAUAAAAUUGAGAUUUACUGAAAUAAG